AUGAAGCAAAGAAUUACAUACCUGUUACAUGAGGCCAGCGGAGUCGAUCCUGCGACACUUGAUGUUACCAGCGACUCUAUAAAGCUACCAGGUCUCAAGGCCGCCAAAGAAUGGAGACUUACAGUCGGCACGCGGGAACUGCCCAAAGAGGUUGUCGAUGUUCUGGAGCAAAGUCAUGAGAUUCAUAUUCGCUGGUCUGCAGAAUGGAAUUACGAUGCCGUAACGCCCUUUUCGUCAAGAGUACCAUCUGGCUUCCAUGUUUUCUAUUCUCCUGGGGAGAAUGCAUCUGCAGAUUCGCUAUGCCCGCUCCUGGGUAAAGUCUUUGGUGAGGCUGUCGAAUGUACAUCUUUGGAGUCGUUCUCAACGCCGCAAAUACUGUCUGAGCGAUUUGCCAUGUCCGCCAAAUAUCAGUACUACAAGCCUCUGGCGCGUCUAACAAGACUAAUUGGCUACCUCUCCUCGACUAUCUGUGAAACCUCAGAUACAUCUUGCCAUGCUCAAGUCACGUCUCUUGCUCAGGCCAGCUCGUUGGACCUUGACUACGAUACGAUAUCUCACGCGCUUCGCAUCAGUGCCUAUUGGGACUGGGCCGUUGCUGCCGAUGGCAGUCAAGGUGUUUGGGACGAGACUCUGCGUCUGCAGCCUUCCUCGGACGCUCUCGAGGUUGGCAUCUUAAAUGUUGAGAAGCCUACUGAGGAAGGAGAGAUUGCACUGAGUGGACUACUGACUGUGGUUGGCGAGGAUACGAAACCUAGCGCGACCAUGUUUUCCUUUCCUUCAAGACACCAUGCUGCGUCAAAGCAAUCUGAGGAUGUUGUGUUCGAAACCUCUUUCCGCCAACCUACAGGACUACAUCCUACACUGGAGCUCAAGUUCCCUAGCAAUGCACUGGAACAGCCUGACGAAUCUUGUGCACUGCACGCUUAUCUGACACUCCCAUCCUCCGUCUUCGUCGACCGCUAUCAGCUCUCUGAUCCUCUGUUUCUCGCUUCGCAGAACCUGGUCGCUCUGCGUAGUCUGAGCGGCGCCACCGAUCUCGAGGCUCCAGUCUGGACAACAGCUCAAUGGGGCUCUGCAGCACUGCUUGAGCUCGCACACCCUGAAACACCAUCUGCAAACAACGAGACCUGGAGCGUGACGAUUCCGUUCCACACACGCUACAUGCCACCCUCCACAGACGGCACACACAUCGCACACAUACCCUGGCCAGCAGUCUUUUGGGCCUGCGAAGCUGAAGAUGGACUGAAGAUGGCUGUGAACCCUUUCGAUCGCACAAAUGUUGGGUUUGACGGGCUUUUUGGACCCAAGACUCUAUUCCAUCAUAUCGGUGCUGGGGCGGAGACAAAGACGUUGAUGGAGACGCUGGAAAUACCUGUGUUGGAUGAGACGAAGACUAAGUAUGUGGAGAUGGGCACUGGAGUGGCUGUAUUGCUUGGAUUCUUGUGGGUGAUGUGGUGUUUGCUCAGACCGGCUAGUACAAAGGUUGAGAAGGGUGGGAAGAAGGAGUGA